AUGCUCGCGUUGAUCCACACCGCCAACAGGGACUACAAGUCCCUCAUCGAGGACCUGGUGGCCUUGGACGUGCUCCCGGCCGACACGGACCGAGGACAGGUGGAGCCCGUGAUGAAGCGGGUGAUCGGUCCUUACGUCUUCGAGGGGGGUGGCGCGAAGAGUCUCAACUACCAGAGCCUGGCGAGGGACCUGGCUCGGGCGACUCUCGAGAUCCCCUUCAACAUCCCGCCCUACUUCGCGCUCAUCGCGAGGGCGUUGGGGAUUCUGGAAGGUGUGGCGCUGACGGGAGACCCUGACUACCGCAUCGUGAUGGAGGCGUACCCUUUCGUUACCCGCAAGAUCAUCUCCGACGACUCUCCGGCGCUGCAGAGGGCCCUGAGGGACAUUCUAUACAGCGAGGACGGUAAGUUCCUGGCGAAGCGGCUGUCGGUCCUCCUGAGCUACGCCACCGGCGUCGUCGCCGCAGACUCGGCCGUGUUCGUGGACUUCGACACGCUGCCCUCCACCGCCGCCUCCCUGAGCCAGACGCUGCAGUUCCUGCUCGCGGAGGAGGCCCGGCCGCUAAGGGCGGCUCUCGUGGGAGAGGCGUCGAACGCGGCCGACCUGGUGCUGAGGAGGGGCACGAGGCAGGCCGUGGUGAGGGCCAAGGACCUCCUCCGCCCGCCCCCGCCCCCUCUCCCAUUCCUGCCGCGGCUCCCUUCGCUGCCUUUCCCGGUGCCGGAGUCGGUCGUCGACGCCCUCAGCCCCAAGCUCACGGUGGAGGAGGACAUUUUCCUCGCGAGCCUUGAAGAGUUGGCGUACGCGUUGGCCGGGAUCGAACAGGGAACGGUAAGCGACGAUCCCUUGGCGACGAUACGACAGCUCCUGCAGGCGGGAAGCGACGGAAGCGGCGGCGCGGGGGAACUGGUGGAAUUUGUGCGAACGCUUCCGGGGGACUCCGAAAAGACGGAGGCAAUUUUUGAUGUUGGGUCGGAGGUUGUGCAGAACCUGGCUGACAGAGCCAGCGAGAGAUUCAACGGCUUGCUGUCUGGCGGCAGCGGCGGCGGCAGCGGCCGCGACGCUGGGCGAUGA